GGCAGCAUCAAGGGAAGUGAGUCCUUCCACUAUUCAGUUCCUGAGGAAAGGAAGAGUGGGUCUCUGGUGGCAAAUGUGCUAAAGGAUUUGAAAAUGGAUGUGAAGGAACUGUCUGCUCGUAGAGCCCGGCUGGUUUCAAAGAGCUCCAAGCAAUAUUUCCAGCUGGAUCCUCACUCUGGGAAUGUGAUAUUAAAGGAUAAAAUAGAUCGAGAGGCUUUGUGUGGUCAGAAGGACCCUUGCGUCUUACAUUCUGAAAUUGUGCUGGAAAACCCAUUGCAAGUGCACAGAAUUGAAGUUGAAAUACAGGAUGUGAAUGACAACUCCCCCCAGUUCUCUAAAAAAGAAUUCCUUUUUGCAAUACCAGAGCAGACUCUCACAAAUACUCGGUUCCCUGUGGAGAGCGCUGAAGAUCUAGACAAAGGUGAAAAUGCUGUUCAGAAUUACACACUUAAUCACAAUGACCAUUUUUGGCUGGAUGUGCAAAGUCACCCUGACGGGAGCAGGUACGCAGAAUUAGUGUUGCAGAAACAUUUAGAUCGUGAAAAGGAUCCACAGCUUUCCCUCAUCCUGUCAGCAGUUGAUGGAGGGACCCCAAAGAGAACAGGCACAGCAAACAUUAUCAUCGAUGUUCUGGAUGCCAACGAUAACGCCCCUCAUUUUCAUCAAUCUCUUUACAAUGUGAAAGUAAUGGAAAACACCCAGGCAGAUACAGUUAUAAUUAACGUGGAGGCAACGGACAGGGAUUUGGGUACCAAUGCAGAAAUCACUUACUCUUUUGGCCAGAUAUCUGGGAAUGUGCUCACAUCUUUCAAGCUAAACCAACGUACUGGGGAACUUACUGUUUCUGGAACUAUUGAUUAUGAAGCGGACAAAAAAUAUUCGAUAAAUAUCAAAGCCACCGAUGGAGGGGGGCUCUCAGAUUACUGCAAAGUCAUUGUGGACGUUGAGGACAGAAAUGACAAUGCUCCAGAGGUGACUGUGACAUCCAUCACCAGCCCCUUUCCAGAAGAUUCCCCCCUAGAUACAGUGGUGGCCCUUUUCAGUAUCAUGGAUCAAGAUUCUGGAGAUAAUGGCAGAACUGCCUGCACCACUGAGUCAGACUUGCCCUUCAUGCUAAAAGCCACUGUGAACAGUUAUUACCAGCUGGUGACCCAACAGCCCCUGGACCGAGAAAGAGUCUCAGAGUACAACAUCACCAUAACCGCCACUGACUGGGGCUCUCCCAGGCUCACUUCAACAAGAAUAAUUAAUAUCCAGAUCUCAGAUGUGAAUGACAACGCUCCAAUAUUUGAGAAGUCAUAUUAUAAAAUGCAAAUAGGAGAAAAUAAUAUUCCAGGUCUUCUAAUAGGAUUGGUGCAUGCUGAUGACCAGGACACAGAGCAGAAUGCCAAAAUUAGAUAUUCACUUUUGCCUGGGAAGGUUGGCGAUCAACCUGUGUCCUCUUAUGUCUCCAUCAACUCUGAAACUGGGAAUCUGUAUGCCAUCCGAUCACUGGACUAUGAGCAGGUGAAAGAUUUCCAAGUGACUGUGAGAGCUGUGGACAGUGGUUCUCCUCCCCUGAGCUCCCAAGUUAUGGUCCGAGUCAUUAUCAUGGAUGAAAAUGAUAAUGCCCCAUUCAUUCUCUACCCUCUUCAGAAUGGCACUUCCCCAUCCAAUGACCUGGUUCCCAGAGGGGUGGAGGCUGGCUACCUGGUCACCAAGGUGGUGGCAAUAGACAGAGAUUCUGGUCAGAACUCUUGGCUUACCUAUGAGCUCCUGAAGGCCACAGAACCGGGUCUGUUCAGUGUGGGGGCCCAGAACGGAGAAGUGAAAACCAUGAGACCAAUGAACAAACGAGACACCUUCAAACAGAAACUUAUAAUUGGAGUUAGAGAUAAUGGUGACCCACCCCAGUCCACCUCUGGAACACUAAACAUUCUGCUAGUGGAUGGUUUUUCUGACCCUUAUAUGAAAAUGGUGGAUAUCCCAAAGGAGGAAGUGGUGGAGGAGGAAGACCGUACCCUGACGAUGUAUCUGGUCAUAUGCUUGGCUGUCAUCUCCUUCAUUUUUCUGGUUUCUGUGUUGGUGUUUGUGGCCAUCAAGAUUCAGAAAAGGAGAACGUUCGUAGAGAGCUCCGCCCUGAGUUUCCCAGUGGGACCGAAUUUCCAGGAGAACUGUGGAGAUGCUGAUGCUGGGUCACUCUCCCGGGCUUACAACUAUGAGGUGUGCUUAGCUGGUGGGUCCCUGAACAGCGAGUUCAGAUUUCUCAGGCCUCUCUUUCCCGUGUUUUCUGUGGAGCCUGCACCAAAUCAAAGGGAUUCAAUGAUUUCAGCUGGUUCCCAAGAAGUUCCCAGUCAUGCAGAGAAAAGUGAUCUCAUGAACCAGGUUGUACCACAAGGUGGCAGCAUGGGCAAGCAGAUCAGUUGCAAAUGGCAUUUCAGAAAGAGACUUGUUUUGCAGCAGCACUAG